AUGAUUGCUAAGUGCUAUGGCUUACAGGGUGUACGAAGAUGGUUGCUCUGUAAAUCGAAUUUGUGUAAUAUUCCCGGCUCAUUGAUACAAUUAUCUAAUAGCCGAAUAUCUACCUCAUCAUGGCAUCAGCUGGUACCAGAAAACAAAGCACUUUAUUCUGGCAAAUGGGAAUCUUCUUUAUCGGGGAAAAGUUUCCCAGUUUUCAACCCGGCUACAGGUGAACGUCUGCGUUCAGUUCCAGCUUGUUCUAAAGAAGAGUGUGAAGUUUGUAUAAAUACAACUUCAGUCAGUCAGAAGGAAUGGGCUUCGAAAUCACCAGAUGAACGAUCCUCGAUUAUCCGUAAAUGGGCUGAUACUAUUCGGGAAAAUGUCGACUCAUUAACAGCUCUCAUUACAGCAGAAAACGGAAAAUCAUCAUCUGAUGCACGUACCGAAGUUCUUUCAGGUAUUUUGGCUCUGGAAUGGUAUGCUGAAGAAGCCAGACGAGUUUUUGGUCGCUACGUUCCAUCACUACGUUCUCAUUCAAAGAAACAAUUGAUUAUUCACCAACCGGUUGGCGUUGUAGGUGUAAUUACUCCGUGGAAUUUCCCACUUUCUAUGAUUACUCGAAAAGCUGGGGCUGCUUUGGCUUCGGGAUGCUCUGUAAUUGUUAAGCCAUCUGAAGAUACUCCUCUGUCAGCUUUGGCUGUCUCUUACCUUGGUGUUGAGAAAGCAGGCAUACCUCCGGGUGUUUUGAAUGUAAUUACUGCCGCGGCUGGUGAAGAAGGAGCUCAACAAGUUGGAGAUACGCUGUGCACAAAUCCUCAUGUUCGCCUAGUUGGCUUCACUGGUUCUACAAAAGUGGGGAUGAUGCUGUAUGCUAAAGCUGCUAAUCAUGGCAAACGUGUUCUUCUGGAAAUGGGUGGUAAUGCUCCAUUUAUAGUUUUUGAUUCUGCAAAUCUUGAAAAGGCUAUCACAGGUACAUUGGGAUGUAAAUUUCGCUGUUCUGGUCAGACUUGUGUAUCAGCCAAUCGAAUUUUCGUUCAUGAAAGUAUAUAUGAUAAAUUUGUUACCAAAUUAUCUGAAGCUGUUUCUCGUCUUCAUAUGGGUGAUGGCGCUAAUUCAAAUGUCAAUUUAGGUCCUGUUAUCAAUAUGAAGGCAUUAAAUAAGAUUGAGGAUCUAGUUCGUUCAGCUAUUGAAAAUGGUGCUCAAGCGUUGAUUGGUGGUCAAGGUAGAUUAGUGACCAAAGAUUCAUUUGGCUUUGAUUAUUCCAAGGGCUAUUUCUAUCCAGCUACUGUCCUGUCAAACUGUCAUCCAAAAAUGGCAUGUGUUGAAGAAGAAAUUUUUGGACCUGUUGCGUCAGUAUGCAGAUUUAGAAGUGAAGAAAGUGUAAUCGAGUUGGCCAAUGAAACAUCUUAUGGUUUAGCUGGAUAUAUUUAUACAGAGGAUAUGGGUCAGGCAUGGCGAAUGGCAGAGAAAUUACAAGUUGGAAUGGUUGGUCUGAAUACAGGAUUUGUCAGUACCGUUGAACUACCCUUCGGUGGAGUAAAGAAUUCAGGUAUUGGACGUGAAGGUGGACCGAAUGCUUUACAUGAAUUCAUGGAUAUUAAAACAAUUACAUGGGACGUAUCAGAAAAUUAG